CUGUCUAUCUGGCACAAGGAAAGGCGACAUUGUGAGCGCUGCAUAAUCUUGACUCUGUGGUCCGCAGAUCUUCAUCGGAACAGGUCCUCCGUACAGAAGUAAAGCCAGGCAACCAAGAUGGACGCAAUUAGAAAGAAGAUGCAGAGCCUUAAGGGUGAGACGGAUAGUCUGUACGCAACUAUUGGUAGAUUCGAGGAUUCCUCUAAAGAAUACCAGCGUAUGGCCGAUCAGGCCGACUGUGAUAUCCGCGACUACGGAAAGAAAGUACAGCAGCUUGAGAUCGGGUUCGACGAGACCAACGACAAGCUCGUCAAGGCCACCGAGUCCCUCGAGGAGAAGGAGAAACACUUCAAGGAGGUCGAGGCUGAUGUUGCCGCUCUUACUCGUAGAAUUAUGUUGAUGGAGGAGGAAGCAAAGAAGUCCGAGCAGAACCUCGCAGAUACCGUCACCAAGCUCGCCCUAUCCUCCAAGGACGCUGACCAGGUCCUCAAGAAGGUCAAGGUCUUUGAGUCCAAGUGCAUGAACAAUGAGGUGACCAUCGAGGAGUACGACAAAAACCUGAGGGCCACCACCAAGAUGGCAUCAGACAACGAGCAGAAGCUGGAUGAGUUGAGCAGGAAGCUCGGUGUCCAGGAGGAUGAGCUGAAGCGUGCUAUUGAGCGCGCUGAGCUAGCAGAGAACAAGCUCAAGAGCAUCGAGGAUGAACUCCAAACUGUCGGUGAGAACAUGAAACAGCUUGAGAAGAGUGCUGAGAAGGCUGUAGAGAGGGAAGAGAAGCUGAAGGAUAAAAUCCUUCAAAUCCAGCAUAAAUACAAGGCAGCAGAGGGCAGGUACAGAAUACAGAUUUAUAAAUACAAGGCAGCAGAGGGCAGGUUUGAGUAUGGAGAGAUGAACAUCACCAAGUUGAACCAGAGGAUUGAUGAUAUUGAGGACGAGAUCUACAGAGAGAAGCUCAAGAUCAAAAAGUGUGCGGAUGAUCUCGGAGAAACAUUCGAUGAUAUGCUCACCAACUAUUAAACAGUAUGAUAUCCUGAUGUCCCGAUCAGCUGGCACUGGUUUCAGAUUCUUCUUGAAUAUUUCAAAGCAAUAUUUCUCCGACAUAUUCUU